GUGAACACCAGCUCCCAUGAUUCCGCGGUGGAGGAGACGCUGUCGUGCUUGUGUUUUGCUUUUUUUUUCUUUUUUUUGUUAUUGUUUCGGGUUACUGGAGAAGCAAAGCCCGAGAAGAAAAGCACGGCUGUACUGGACGUGUUCCAACUCCCCUUUUGGUCUUUUUUGCAAACUGUUUAACCGACUGUUUCCCAAACACAAGGUCGGUUAGACCGUUUGCAAAGAGUGAGCUAUAAAGGUACAAAAGCAGCUGCUUUUGUUUUGUGUUGCCAUGGACAAGGCUUGGCAGGUGGAGUUUAGAAACGUGGGCUGCAGUUACUUCCCUCAGAGCAGAGUCGAUUGUCACUACACACUAAGCUCACAGCAUAAAUGGACCAGCAAAGAUUGGAUCGGGCUCUUCAAAGUGGGAUGGUCAUCAGUAAAGGACUAUGAAACCUUUGUUUGGGCCCUGGCCCCAGCUGACUAUCAAGAGGGCACAUAUGCCAACUGCUGUGUGCAUUUCCAUGCCUCCUACCUGCCAAAGCCCAGCUCCCAAGAGUAUGUGUUUGUCUAUAUCGACGCGAAAGAGGAAGUGUGCUCCUACAGCUCCGAAUUCACUUUUUGUGCACCAAAGCCACUUGAAGAGCUCGUAGCUCUUGAAGAAGAGUCUCAUGGCGGGGAGGAAGGCACAGAUAUGCUGCUGGUUGUGCCCAGGGCCGAGUUGCUACAGAGUCGGCUGCAGGACUGUCUGCGAGAGCGUGCUGAGCUGUUGCAGGUACAGGAAGCAUCAAAAAAGCAAAGGGAAAGAGAGAAGGAGGAGUACAAGAAGGCAAGGGAGGCCUCGGACAGACAACGGAGAGGGUUGGAACGUGAUAUCAGCAGACUUCAGGAAGAGCUGAAACAGAGUCUAGAGAAGAUUGAGGGGAUGAAGAGGCAGCAGAAGGAGGAGCGGGCAUUAGGAGUAUCACUAGCCCAGGAGAAAACAGCUUUAAUGGAUGCCAGGGAGGCAAGUGAAGUGCGAAUCAGAGAGUUAGAGGAUGACAUCAAAAACCUGACACGGAGAGCUGUGGAAAGAGAGACAGAAUUGGAGAGGAUGAAGGAAAGAACCAAGAGGGCAGGCACUCUGAGAAAAGAAGAGGAGAGUGAGAGAAAGAGCCUGCAGAUAAAGCUGGAACAGACAGAGGCAGAACUCAGGAGUCUGUCUAAAGAGUUCCAGGGCCUGAGGAACUCCCUCGCACAGAGAGACACCAGUGUCCUGCAGCUCCAAAACACCAUCACCACCCUCACCCAGAAACUCACAACUGCCCACAGGAAAGAGACGGAGAGUGAGACAUCACUGAAGGAAAUGCGGAGCCUGCGGGAGCGUCUGCACAUGAGUGAGCGCGCUGCAGAAGGCUUAAAGAGUGAUCUGAGUUCCAUGGUAGCCCAGAGGGAUCAUGGGCAGGCUGAACUACAUCAGGCCCGUCUGCAGGCUGCCCAACUCACCCUUCAGCUUGCAGAUUCCAGUUUGGCCCUGAGAGAGGGAAGAGCCCAAUGGGCUCGGGAGAGGCAGAAUCUUCAGCACACUGUUGAGAUGAACCAGGAGUGUUUGGAGAAACUCAAUACAGAGAUGCAGAGGAUGGAGGAGAGGCUGCGGGAGGAAAGGAUGGACAGAGUGAAGCUUGAAGUUGAGCUCGGACGAGAAAAAGAUUGCAAUCGAGUUCAGCUGAGUGAAACCCGCAGAGAGCUGCAGGAGCUGAAGUCUAGCCUGAGAGUUGCCCUAAAGGAGAAGGAGCAACUGCUAGCAGAGAAACAGGAACUGAUGGAGCACAUCUGUCAGCUAGAGCAGAAGAUGGGAAGAGUGGCCAGUGCCAGAUGGGAUGCUGCUCAGAUUGCCUCUACAGAGUGUCCUGACAGUGUGUCAUCUGACUUUGAAGAUGAAAGCCCAGAGGCUUUGCAGAUCCUCAAUCCACCAGGACCUCUGGGACACUACAGUCUGUGUGAACAGGGCCAGCCAGACUCUUUGCUCCUCACAACUCCCCCUCCAUCCCCCAGGGAGGUGGACAGAAGUCCAGUGGUCAUCAGCCAGCCUGCCCCACUCUCCUUGCCACACCAGACUAACCCUGACACUGUGGUGCACAGCUCUGAUUCGGAGGAGGAAGCUGAUCCACUUCAGUGUGGAAGGAACAGCUCAGGAGAGGAAACAGCACUUUUGUUGCCUGAGCACACAGACAAUGUUCUAAGUGAUCUGGCCGACACUUCACUCUGGUAACCGGGGGACAUCCAGCCAUGGCUACAGCAACUGAUCAAAGACAAUAUGAGGAAGACUUUUUUGGAGGACAUAAACGGCUCACUUAAAACACAGACAAAUUGUUAAUAUGCAAUUACACCAUACCUGCUGUCAACCUUGAUUUUCCUCUCCUGACUGUUUUGCCAGUGAUGGCAGGUCAACACCAUGCUUCUGACAAAUUUAAGAUUGGUGCGCAGUUUGAAGCAGGAGGCUUUUUAGGCAUGGUUGCUGGCAUUUAAGAGUUUGCACGCUGUAGCACAAUGAUUUCUGUUGAAUCAUUGCAAUGUCAAGAGCUUUACGAUGGAUGCUAUGUCGUUUUUAUGGCAAUUGUGAUUAGGAGUCAGGCACUGUAAUUAUGAUGUUUUGUGCAGGCCUGGCUCAACUGAAAAUCAUGUCAAAACUCUGUUCUAGCAUUAAAUUCUCAACCGCUGCUUUAGACACUUUUCAUGGCAGCAUAAAGCAAUGAUACAGCAUCAUGCUAAAAUAUAUUGCAAUAAUGUAGUUUUAUGACAUAUUUCUCUUCCAUUUACUCAGAACUAAGAUUUGAUAUGCACUUUCUUGUACGUAUAAGCAGUUAAUUAUCAUGCAGAUGCAGUUAAGGUGAUUUAGUGAUGGGGACACUUGAAUAAAAAAAGCUUAUUGAGCUGAUUAAUGUCUGUUAAGAUAGAUGCCACGUGCAACUUAUCCAUCAGAAACUACAUAUCAUCAUUAUUAGACAACUGUUGCUUACUAGCUUUCAAAUCAGCUGCAUUAUCUCUUUGUUAAUAAAGCAAGAUUUAGCUUUUUAUAAUUACUGAAAUUCACUUGAUGUUCAAUUGAAUACUUUAGCAUUAGUCUUUACUACAAUUUAUAUUAUACAAAAAUCUGAAUUUAUAGUAAUGCAGUUCUAAAUUUGUGCCUAAAAUAAUGAAGUAGUAGUCAGAGGAAAUUGUCUUCACGUAUUCUGACAUCAGCAUUUAGGUGUUGGUAUUUUCUCCUUCCCCCUACGGCAAAUAUACUACCUAAUAAAAUUUGCUGCCUGCCUUUCAAUCAAUACUGUAUGCAUUUUUCAUGAUUUUCUAUUAAUAAUUCAUUUGAGUUAUGCUGCAAUUAAACUAUAUCCUGGUUUGGUUUGAAAUAGGUGUUGAGUUUGUGCAAUGUUGCAAACAAAACUUUUCCUUGCUUGUCUAAGAAGAUUUGCUUUAGAUACCUUGAUGCUUGAUGUUAUCUGCUGUAUUUGCACCCUAAUUUUUACUAUGGAAGAGUUUUUAGAUGAAACUUUGAUACAUGUAUACUUAGUAUGUCAGUUGUGUGCUAUCAUCAUUAUCACAAUUCUAAACUUCUGUGUUGUGUUUACUCAUAUUUUAUCUACCUUUGAUGUGUUUACUUUCUGCUUUCAAACUCAUAUGAACUCUUAUUAAAUUUAAUAUUUGAAAAUGUUGCAAGAUAUUGGUGCUAAUGAAAGGGAUUGAUACCAGCUGGUUAUGCUUAAAUGAUAUGAACUAAUAUGCAAAAGAUUUUAAAAACCAGGAGGAUUGUUUAAGUCAAAGAAGUACCUGUCUUUCCAUCUUCUUAGUGGUCUUGUGUUGCCAUGGUUACACUACAUGUUAAAUUCUCUACAUAGUGGUUUGGAGGUUUUUUAAGCUGUGUUCUCUUUUUCCAAAAGAUGGCACACAAAAUGUAUCAUCUGUUGUCCUGGUUUGUAGUUGUACUUUGACUUUAUGUCUUAAGGUGUUUUUGUCGUAUCCACUGUGAGUGCUCCCCGUUACACACUGCAGUAGAGCUUCAGUGGCUUAUGGUUUGUUUUGAAUGUGUGUGUGAAUGUUAUCCCACAUGUACACUUCUUUGUAUUUCCAUUCACCAUCAUGUAACAAGUUUGGGUGAGGUUCAGCUCAAUAAAAAUAUAUUCAUCACAGGG